AUGGAUCCGGCCUCUGUGGCUGCUACAGCAGAUAUCCCAGCACCGGCCCCUCACACGCCCAAGCCAUUCUCCCAACGCGUACGUCUCUGGCUACGUCUCUGGAUCUUCAAACUCACCAUCCGCUCUCUCCUGGGCACUCUGCGUUUCUUCCGCUACAAAGGCAUGGGCACCCUCCAACCCACCUACCGCAAGUCUCUAGGUUCUGCAGGUCUGACCCACGACAUUUGGAUCCCCGAGCAAGCCAAAAGUGGAGAUAGAUUGCCACUGUACAUCGACAUCCACGGCGGAGGAUUUGCCAUUGGCGACCCCUUCCACGACGAAACUUGGUGCGAGUUUUUGAGAAGACGGGGUGUGGUGGUCGUGUCUUGCGACUACAGAAAGGCGCCUGGACAUUACUUCCCCACCCAAACGAAUGAUUUGGUAGACAUUAUUUCGUGCAUCCUCAAGGACGGCAGUCUACCCAUCGACACGGCGAAAAUCGCCAUGGGCGGCUUUUCCGCAGGAGGGAACCUGUCGCUGAGUGUAGCGCAAAGCCCCUCGCUGCAAANNAACAAAAUAAAGGCACUGUUGCUCUGGUACCCUUCCACAGAUUUUAGCGGCAAGUACAGAGGAGAAAUGAGGGAUGCGCCAGACGGAACUCCCGACGUGCUGCAGAAAAGCGGAGACUUGUUUACCUACGGCUACUUGCCCAACGGCGUGGACCUCUGUGACCCUCUCCUCUCCCNNCCAAUCUACGCGGACCGCAAACUCUUGCCCCCAAAACUGCGCUUCGUGGGUGCAGAGUACGAUGUUCUGUGCAAGGAAGCAGAGGAAGCCGCAAAACUGUAUUCGGCACAUGAAGACGGCAACAAGCAAGAUGGCGACGAGCAAGAAGAUAAGAAACAUGGUGUUCAGACCUGGAGGAGGGGGAACGUGUGGUGGGAAAUGGUGUUGGGCGCACAGCAUGGUUUCAACUAUGUGCAGAAAAAGGAACCCGCGGCUGAGAGGGAGAGGAAGAGAAUCACAGAGUUGGCUUAUGAGAGGGCCUGUGAGUGGUUGAAGACAGAGGUUUAUGCUUGA